CAGGAGGCAAAUAGCCGUUGUGCGAAUCUGUGACACAGAAGGAAUCACUUGUACGCGCGCCAUCGAAAUGGACGGUUGUUCUCUUAUAAGAUUCGCUUGGAACAAUUUUCAUCAGACUAGCGAGGCCGGCUAGAGUGGCGAAACCUUCUUGAGGAAAUCACACAGUGCAAUAACUAUCAUUGACAUAGAGAGGUUUUAUAGAAUAUAGUUGAUUUGGAAUUCUACUUCUGGCGUGGGAGAAAAAUGCGAACUACUAGCUGUUUGGUGUAUUCAAUCAAGUCCAACUAAAAUUAACAGUUUGUUCCGUAUUGUGAACUUUUCCAGUGUAAUUUGUAUGAACCUGCGUGUGUUGACUACUGAGAAAAAAAUGGAAAACCGUUAAUGUUUUUUCGAUUUUUCGUGUAAUUCCAGUGCUUUGACAAAUUCAAGAAAAAAAUACAAUAGUGCUAGUUCGUGCUACCUAACGUUAUAAUUUUAAAAAGGAUAUAAAAAUACUGGGUCUGCUCAGUUUAACAUUCUUAGACUAAAACAAAGUAAUGGGUAAAAAAAAAUGUGAAACGUCCAGUGAAUCUCCCAAAGAUAGCAGGAAGUGAGUUGUUAACAUGAAGAUGACAUUAACUGGGUAUAAUUGUUGAUGAAACUAACUCGCGGUCUUCCAGCGCAUAGUGAAUCCAGUAAUUUUGCUUUAGGGCACAAAUGUUCGAACGCCUGUUGCUUAGAUGAUUUCAACAUCAGCCAUACCUACCUGCUUGGAAUCCAUUGUGGAACAAAAUUAAUUCUAAAAAAGUACUCAGUUUACCUCAUGAUUUUUAAAAAUUAUACGUUUUGUUUCGAAAAGGCACCAUCAAACAACAUAAAUCAAAACAACGCUACCGCUGUGGAUUACGGGAAUUAUGAUUAUCCGCCAGCAACUAAGCGCGGGCGUGGCUAUGCACCAAUGGGCGAAUUCGAUUUAAGUCUCAUACGAGAAUUUCGUGCUCGACCUGGCUUCUAUGACCGCAAUUCGGUUAGUUUCAAGGAUAAACUGCAAACGGCACAUCAAUGGCAAGAGAUUUCCAACAAACUGGGUUUCGAUGUUUCUUUGCUAAAGGAUCGCAUGCUACAGCUGCGCAAUCGUUACAAUCUCGAGAAGCGUCGCCUUGAGCAGUUGCGCGAUGAGAAUCCCGGCCAGCAGAUUGAGUCACCAUGGCCCCUAUUUGAACAUUUACAUUUCCUCUCCGAACAUAUACGGCCGCGACGCUCUUAUAAAAGCAUGCAACCGCGUACAUCGCUCGCAGAAACGGGCGACGACGAGGAUGAACACUCACAACAGCAGCAGCAACAGCGAUCAGAACAGCUGCAUCAGCGGCAGCAGCAGCAACAUUUGGCUGCAGCUGGUGGGCGUGAUUCGUUCAGUGAUGGUGGCGGCGGUGGCGGUGUUGGUAGCAAUAAUAACAGUGCUGAUAUGACAACUUUCGCUAAUGGCUUGCUAACUGUCAAAAUGGAGGAACCCGACGCUGAUGAUGCAAAUGCCGCAGAUGCUGAAUCUGGCAGUCAAAGUGGCACCGAAGACACGAAUAGCGCUCAUCCUUUAAAGCUAAGUGCCGCAUCCACGCUGCUUAGCAUGCAACAACGCCAAUCACAUUCCAUUUCGCCGUUUAACAAGUCAACUACGUCGUCGUCAAUGGCUUUAAAUAAACGUCCAUUGAAAUAUUCAGCUUCACCUGCUGCGCUGCCGGCAUCCAUCAAAAUACGUCGCUUGGAUACGAUGCAAGAGCGUGCAUCGGCGGGUGUUAUGCAUUUACAACCGCGUCCCAACAACAUUCCGCAUAGUAGUUUCAACAAUAAUGACACUAACAAAAAUGCUGUUCGUCAAAGACAGCAGGAGUACACUCCGUUGGCGCCACGCCCACCCUUCAGCUUGCAAGUAAGUCGUCGUUGUUUGAGCAAUUCGGAGCAAAAGUAUGCCUCUUUUGGUGAUUUUGUGUCCGCCUCAUUGUUGGAGUUGCCAGCACAACGUGCCCUGCAGUUGGUAGAAAAGUUCACGUCGGAGGUGGUGCGUGUGCUGUUGGAAAGCAAAGAUAAAGGUGUACAAGAAGAAACUGAACGAAAUGUGGUGCAACAGCAGCAGCCGCCGCAGCAGGUGUCACCGCAAUUUCAACAAAUUAAUGGAAGUAUUAGUAAUGAAGCAGUGAAUGGCGUUUAAGAAGUACAUCAUACAUAUAUGUUUUUGUUCUAAACAAGAGCAAAAGUUUUUGUUUAUUUAAUUUUAAUUAUUUUUAAAUGAAUUGACUGACUGUCAGUGUUUUCGCACUCGUAAUUUUUAGUUAUUUCUUACAAAUAAUACAAUAAUGCGCAUAUUUGAGCGCCUGACUACGCUUGUAUAUUGAAUAAAGUUAUCCGCAUGUGCUUUUAAAGAA